UCGAGUGCUGACGUGCGUCCCGGUCAGUAGCGUCGCGAAAAGUUUGUGGUUUUACGAGGUUCCCACGGAGGAGCACUGAGUUUGUUUUUUGAACGUUUUGUGCAAGAUUUUUGUUUUGUGUUGUUCGUUCGGGAUACAAGAAAAAAAAAGCAUAGCAGUGCCUGUUGGAAAAAAACAUACUUUCAAUUCAAAUCAGCAUGGAUACUGCCAAUUAUCGACGCCUAAUUAGCCAGCGGUCAUCACCGGUGUCGUGGUCGUUGUUAUGGAGUUUGUUGUUGGUUGCUGCGAUUGCGCUUCAGAGGCAAACCCACGGGGCCUCCUUUGAUCUUGUUGAUGUGCUGUACGAGUACGACGGCGGCGACUAUGAUGGUGGGGAUUUUACGGUGGAGAGUACCUCGCAGGGUAUCACAUUGACGGAGCCGUUGGAAGAGGAUAUCGUUACUGUUACUGCUAUUGCGAGCACCGAAGAAGAUGCUGAGGAGAAACUCGAGGAGUUGAGUCUGACAACCGAAGCGCCAGUGGGGAACGAUUUCUAUUGCCAGGAAGAUUUGUGCUUGCAGUACGACUUCACCGGACAGUUGGUGGCGAAGAAGCACGUGGCCUGCGGUCGCGAUGGAUCAUUUGCGGAGGAUUGUCCGGCCGGGAGGACCCUGUUCAAGAUCGAUCCUCAGAUCAGAGCGUUUAUCAUUCAUUUGCACAAUGAAGCGAGGAAUCGACUGGCCAAUGGAUCUGUCAGUGGGUUCGAGAGUGCACUGAGGAUGCCUACUGUGGAAUGGAAUGACGAGCUUGCUGAAUUGGCCGAAUUGAACGUUAAGAGUUGUCAGUUCAAGCAUGACGAGUGCAGAAAUACAGAUUUGUAUCGCCAAGCUGGUCAGAACUUAGCAAUUGGUUACUACCCAGUGAGGGAGGAUAUUUUUAACAUCCUGGAUAAGUUGACCAACCUGUGGUUCAACGAGUACAGGGAUGCCACUCAGCAAGUGAUGGAUGAGUACGAUAAUCUACCGAACGCCACUAUCGGUCAUUUUACGCAGAUGGUGAGCGACCGGACCACCAAGAUCGGAUGCGGAAUCGUCAUCUACCCGAAGAAGGUUUCCGGCUUCACGUUCAAGGUUGUGCUGUUCGCUUGCAACUACUCAAUAACGAGCAUCUUCGGUCAGCCAGUGUACAGGAGGGGUCCAGCAGCGGCCAGUUGCCACAAUGGACCCAAUCCGUUUUACGAGAGCUUAUGCAGCGUAGAAGAAAACCAGUUCAUAAGAUCAGUGCCUUAUUACGAAAAUUAACUAUUUUGUUGUUCAUACAUAUUUUGUUUUAUGUUAAAAUAAAAUGCAUAUUUACUCCUA